GCACCUCAGGAGGAUCAGCUUGGUCAGGGUGCACUUCCUUCCUUGUGCACAGCAGGAAGACUGCAGUCGCCUGAGCGAGUCACCAACAACGUCUGCCUACAGAUUCAACUGCAGUAAGGAGACAUCCUCUUUUGUUAUACAAGAAAGGAAAAAAUGCUUUUUGGGGUGCUAGCCCUCCUAAUCCUCUGUGCUUUUCUAUGGAAUUAUAAAGGACAACUGAAGAUUGCAGACAUCACCGAUAAGUAUAUUUUCAUCACUGGGUGCGACUCGGGUUUUGGAAACUUGGCAGCCAGAACUUUUGAUAAAAAAGGAUUUCGUGUAAUUGCUGCCUGUCUGACUGAAUCAGGAUCAACAGCUUUGAAGGCAGAAACCUCAGAGAGACUUCAUACAGUGCUUCUGGAUGUAACUGACCCCGAGAAUGUCAAGAGGACUGCCCAGUGGGUGAAGAACCAUGUUGGGGAAAAAGGUCUCUGGGGUCUGAUCAACAAUGCUGGUGUUCUUGGUGUACUGGCUCCCACCGACUGGCUGACAGUGGAAGACUACAGAGAACCUAUUGAAGUGAACCUGUUUGGACUCAUCGAUGUGACUUUAAAUAUGCUUCCCUUGCUCAAAAAAGCUAGAGGGAGGAUUGUCAACGUCUCCAGCAUUGGAGGUCGGCUUGCAUUUGGUGGAGGGGGCUAUACUCCAUCCAAAUAUGGAGUGGAAGGCUUCAAUGACUGCUUAAGACGGGAUAUGAAAGUUUUUGGCGUGCACGUUUCAUGUAUUGAACCAGGAUUCUUCAAAACAGAAUUGUCAGAUCCAAUAAAGGCAACUGAAAAAAAGCUUGCCAUUUGGAAACAUCUAUCUCCAGACAUCAAAGAACAAUAUGGAGAAGGUUACAUUGAAAAAAGUCUAGAUAAGCUGAAAAGCACUACAACCUGGGUGAAUUUGGACCUCUCUCUGGUGGUAGAGUGCAUGGACCAUGCUCUGACAAGUCUCUUUCCAAAGACUCGCUAUGCUGCUGGAAAAGAUGCCAAGACUUUUUGGAUCCCUCUUUCUCACAUGCCAGCAGUUUUUCAAGACUUUUUAUUGUUGAAAGAGAAAGUACAGCUGGCUAAUCCCAAAGCCGUGUGACUCAGCUGAUCACAGAUACCUGUCCCCCAGCUAUGAGAUUAGCCAAAUUCAAGGACACAUCUACUUUUCAAUCCUGUUCCUUACCUAAUUCAACCUGGACUCAUUUAGACCAGGCUUGUUUAUAGAAAAGAAGGAGUCUUACCAUCAUCAGUAGUGUCUCAGGGUUCCUUCUCAAGCCUUCUUUACCAAGAAGGAUAGAGAUGGCACAUCACAUAGGCAAAAACAGUCCUGAGGCUUUGCCUGCUGGGUAGAAUAUAAGAGAAAUUGGAAGACUUCCUCCAAAUGAUGUAUACCUUAUUGAAUAUUGAAUAAUCCUUCCCCAUGCUUAUUGAAUAAUCCUGAAUGUCAAGUACUAUCUCCUAUCAAUACUAAGGUAACCAGAAUGCUUUCAUAAGUGGGUUAAAAGUGUUCUGUUAUUUGCUGAAAAUAAGACCGAAGGACUGGAAUUCAGCUCUCAUAAGGUUGGAUGGGAACCAGAAAGGGGGAGAGAGAAAGCAUUAUGUGACAUUGGUAUAAGUAAAGGGCAACAGAAAAGCAGUAGGUAGACCCGCAAGUAGAAAAGAUGAAAAAGAGAGGAAAGGAAAUAAGAAGCUGCAAAAAAAUGAAUAUGUAGAGUGGGUGAUUGCAGGAUAACUCUUCCUGUUCAAGAAGGAGACAUAAAGGAUGGAUAGCCUACUGAAGGCCACUGUAAUCAUUGAUGCACACAGCUUUCUGGUGGAAGUGGGGAUUGCAAAGUAAACAACCACUCCAGAGGAGAAAAAUAUAGGAUAUUCAUGUUUAUUCUGGUAAUUGUCAAAAUAACAAGAACCAGAAUAUCUGGUACAACUUACACUUGAGGUGGUUGGAAGUCCUGCCUUUUAGGCAUCUCUGAAGCCCAAGAAGACAGAACUAAAGUGAAAGGCUUUUCAGCCUACAGUGAUGAUAGCAUCUUGCUAUAUCUAUGGUUCUAAGUUGGGUUGAUUAUGGGUAGCACCACACCCAGAAGAAAUUGUUCCCUAAACAGAUGUUUCCCAGAUUUCAUUCCCAGUACCACUUGUUGAAUGUUUACAUGAAGAAGCCUGGACUGGAGUGGCAGAAUUCAACAUUUGUUGUAGAAUAAUAUGGUGUGAAAGGGCCAGGAAAACGUGCAAAUGCUUAUUAUAAAGAAAAUAUUUAACAUCUGCUUUAACAUGACCAUUUGAAGGUAUCAGUGAUUCUAUUCAUUUCAUUCACCUUUCUAGAAACAUUUACACAUGUGAUAAUUUCUUCCUUUUUUAAGUUUACAACAUAGUAACUACUGAAAAAUACAAUUACCAAUUGGUGUCAGUCCACCUGAACAUAUAUGUCAUAAUUUUGAGGAGAAGAUGGCUCAUCCUUUUUGCAUAAAAGAAAAAUAUCACAGCAAGAAUGAGAGAAUUCUCAAAGUUGGCUGAACUCUCAUUACCAUCUACCUGUGAAGUCAUCCCCAGCUUGGUUCUUGCUCAGAGACACUUCAUCUAUACAUUUCUGAUUUCUCCUGGUUUCAGUUAACCACCUCACCACCUAUCCAUGGAGCUGAAGUUCACCAAUAUUGUUUUCAAUGGCCCUUUCUUCUGAUCUUGAAUUCCUAGCUCUUGGCUUCACUUCAGUGCCUUAAAAUUUGUGACAUGCUGUUCCCUGACUUUCCAGACCUCCCAGAGUUAACAGGAAUUUAAGAAUGUGAAGGAACCUCCUCUACUUCCUGCCACACUGUUGGGCUAAGCUAAUUUGUGUUGUUCCUUUCUUUUGCCUAUUGAGUUCUUUCUCAUUUCUUCUAAUAGUUACAAUUUGAUAACUCCUUGUUUCAACCACCAAAAACUUCUCUCCUUAAAACAAGUGUCACCAAACAUGAUAUCACUCAAAAUAAAGCCAAAUAUAUUCACUCAA